GGUUGGACUGGAUGAUCUUGGAGGUCUUUUCCAACCUUGGUGAUUCCGUGAUUCUAAGUAAUGUAAACAGAAGUUCACCUUAAUUAUUUUCCAGUUUGAAAAAUCAUUCUUAACUUGAAGCAAGCAAUGUUUCAUUUCCUUGUUUUUCUCAUUCUCUCCCUACAGCUACAAAAAUAAUUAUUUCCAUGACAGGUGCCGAAAUUUUGCUAUGUGCCUCUCUCUCCCUUCAAACACACGCUCAGCAAUGCGUUCUGACAAUCGAUCAAAAUUAGUACAAUAUUAAUUUUCAACACAGUCUUCACAGACACUUUCACUUACCCAUCUCUGGGACAUCUAUUUGCUAUUCAAGUUGAGAAGUAGGAAUUAGGCUUCAUGGGGUUUCCUUUUCUCUCCCCCGAUUCUGAGUAGUUUCUACACUUAUCUACAGUCUACACACACCUCAGGCAUCCAAAAUUCAAGGUCACCCAUCACCUUCCCUCCAUUUUGAGGAUUCAUCUUUUAAUAUGAGAAUAAUACCUCAAGUUCAGCUUCUGCCUGAUACCAACAUUUCUAGGGGUGUCCCCUGCAAAGGCUCCCACAAUUCACCUUAUAACCCAGCUGACUGGGCACCAAGCUGAAACUGCAAAAUUACCCUGUAGCUUUAGUACAAGUUCUUACAGCCUAAAGCUACAUCCCAUUUCUUUGGCCAUCAGAGAAAUAAUUUUAUCACAGUGACUCAGUUUCUCCAUCUGUAAAAUGAGUGUACUAAUGCAUAUGCAAACCCUAAUAAUAAAAGCUACCCCUGGGCUCAUGUAAGGGCCAGACAUGGAAGGGAGAGCAUCUUUUGGGUCUGGGCUGCUUGUCUGAAGAAACGCUGCAUAGCUAGAGAUCUCCUUCACCAGUUGGGUGAGUAGUUGGGUGAGUUCAAUACUUCUUUCUGUAUAUGGCCACUAACCUACCUGCAAAUACUCUGCUUAGUGUUGCCAAGAAUCUGUCAGAAACAGUUUCACUGCUCUGUGAACAGAACAGGGUCACAGUGAGCACUGCAAGCAUGUAAAGUGUGUUUUUAAGUCUAUAAAUCUAAAAGACUGUCAAAGACAUUUGAAACUAAUUAAAUUAGUUAAGCUGGUGUAUGUCAUGGCUUCAGUGUAUGCCCUGUCACUGUUCUCAUAGGUACAAUCUGUGGAAGAGAAUCAAUGGUAACACUACUAGGAUGGAUCAAGAAGAAAUGCAUAAAAACACCUGCAAAGCAUUUAAUCAUGCUCCCUUUCUUAUAACUGGGACUUGGGGUGGUGUUUUCUUUGGAGAAGGAUCAGGUUUAACCAGUGUUUUCAGGCUGGAAGAAGGAUGAGGCCAUACUUGCGCCUAUAUGUAGGAAGAGCUCAACACAGAAACGUCUUGUUAAUUGCAGUAAGAAGGCUUGAUAGUAAGCAAAGCUUAAUAGAUUUAUUCCAGGGAAGCAGAGGAACAAGAGUAAGAAGGGUCAGUAGUCCUCAUACUUUAUGGUCAUGAAAUGAAACUGUUCUACCUUUUGACUUAUGGCCCAGUUUUUCUGCUCCAGAAGUGAAAUUGCAGCUAUGCAGUCAUGCUCACUAGUCAAUUCUGGGACACGUAUCAAACUUGCAUGCAGAACAGCUUGACCCAGCACAAACUAAAGGCUAACUUCUGGAUGUAAUAGUACCACACCAGCAUGUGAACAGUUGAGCUCCUAACGUCCUAAAGUGUAAGCAACAAUUAGUAAAAGGAUGACGUCUGCAAGUAUGUACAAAGAAAGCCUUCCUAAUGCCUGCAGCUAGGAUGAAUAGGAUGAACAAAACCACCUGGGGACAGAGAACAUCUCACCACACAAGGCGUGCAACCCAGUGGCUUCUUUCAGCAGGCUUCUGCAAUGGGCAUCUUCAGGGCUGCUUACAGAAGACCGAAUCUUCAAUCAAGGUCCAGAUGCCUUUCUUUGAGUAGCCUCCUAAUGACCUCAGCAAAUGUAUCGAGAAAUGGCAUUACUCACUGGGAAUGCAGAUCCUGCGUUCAGCUCCUACUCCUUCAAUAAGUUGGAAAACUUGUGUGAAGUGCAAACCAAGAAAGGAUUUUUCUACAGAAAGGCCAAACUUUUGCACUCUGAUGAAGACUUGUGCUACUUAGCACACCUGGAUGACCGGACCAGAUUUGUGAUCAUCAAUGUAGGUGGUAUCAAAUACAAAAUUCCGUGGACCACUUUGGAGAACUGCCCUUUGACCAGGCUUGGGAAGCUAAAGUCUUGCAACAAUUAUGAUGACAUCCUAAACAUCUGUGAUGAUUACGAUGUGACAUGCAAUGAAUUUUUUUUUGACCGUAAUCCUAGUGCCUUCAGGACGAUCAUGACUUUCUUGACAGCUGGGAAGCUGAGACUUCUCAGGGAGAUGUGUGCUCUUUCUUUUCAGGAGGAGCUUGUGUACUGGGGGAUAGAAGAGGACCACCUGGAGUGGUGCUGUAAAAAGAGAUUGCAGCAGAAAGAGGAGGAGGCAGCUGAAGCCAGGAUGUAUGAAGGGGAGAUGAUGUGUAGUGAAACUACUCAAUGUGCCUUCCAGGACAAUAACUGGUUGAGUUUGUGCAUGAGAAAUCUCAGGGAUAUGGUGGAGAACCCCCACUCAGGGAUUCCAGGGAAGAUCUUUGCUUGUAUUUCAGUCUCUUUUGUUGCCAUCACUGCAGUCAGCCUCUGUAUCAGCACCAUGCCAGAUGUCAGAGAAGAAGAAGAUCGGGGUGAAUGUUCACAGAAGUGCUAUGACAUCUUUGUGCUGGAGACAGUGUGCGUGGCUUGGUUUUCAUUUGAGUUUCUCCUGCGUUCCAUCCAGGCAGAGAACAAGUGUGCUUUCCUGAAAACUCCGCUCAACAUCAUCGACAUCCUGGCCAUCUUGCCUUUCUAUAUCUCUCUCAUUGUGGAUAUGGCCUCCACAAAAAACAGCAGCAAGCCUGGUGGGGGAGCAGGGAACAAGUACCUGGAACGUGUGGGCCUGGUGCUGCGCUUCCUGCGGGCCCUGCGCAUCUUGUAUGUGAUGAGACUGGCAAGGCACUCACUGGGGCUGCAGACUCUGGGGCUCACUGUGCGCCGCUGCACCAGGGAGUUUGGGCUCCUCCUGCUCUUCCUUUGUGUUGCCAUGGCCCUCUUCUCACCGCUGGUGUAUUUGGCUGAGAGUGAACUGGGAGCCAAGCAAGAAUUCACAAGCAUCCCUACUAGCUAUUGGUGGGCUGUGAUCUCCAUGACCACUGUUGGCUAUGGAGACAUGGUGCCUCGUAGCAUCCCCGGCCAGGUGGUGGCUCUGAGCAGCAUCCUGAGUGGCAUCCUCCUCAUGGCAUUCCCAGUCACUUCCAUCUUCCACACCUUCUCCCGUUCCUACAGUGAGCUAAAAGAGCAGCAGCAGCGAGCAGCAAGCAGGCAAAUGCACCAGCUGGAAGAAAGCAUGAAACUCGCCGGUGGGGGCAGUUCCCAGUGGAUCACUGCUGCAUCCCCUCCAGGUGCUGCCAGGGAGGAUGGGCAGCCAGUGCUGAACCAGGAAGCCAAGAGAAGUUGUUGACUUUCCGCAGCUAAAGAAGUGAGUUGGCUGCACAAGAAGCAGUGAACAUGAGGGGAAGGAUCAAUCUGCAAGCAGAACCCCCCCAAACUGCAUAUAUUAGGGACAGACACACACGAGUUUGUCCCUUAAGAGCAACUUUCGAUCUUAAGGGCUCACUGAAAAGUGUCCCUAGAAACUCUACCAAAUACAGCUUUGCUCCAUUGCUAACUGUAGGGCAGCUCUUUUCUCUUGAGCACCUGCUUUUGUGAGUCCCUGGGAGCAGCCAGCCAGGAGGCCAUAAGGGAGCACAGAGGGUGGCUAGGUGCUGCUGCUGGGGCAGUGAGUGUGCCACCUCCUCCCAGCUCCACCACUGCCUGUGACACUCCUCCUGUGCACCCCACACCCUGAAAGUCUGUUCCAGCAGCCCUGCCACGGAACCCAAGGAACGCCAACCUCAGACAACCAAAAGGAUGAGGAGAUGAGGAGGACAGAAGAAUCCCUUCAGCUUUCCAAGGGGCUUGAUUUGAUCUCAUAGAAAUAAGCACUAUGGUCUGGGCUGCCAGCUACCAGCUCCAACUUGUGCUGUUGCUCAGUAUGCAUUAUUUAGUAGAUAUGUGUAUUUACCACAGCAAGCUUUGUGUCUUAGCCCCAUGACAGGAAUAUAUAGAGACAAUCUUCCUGACUAUGGUACUGAAUGUUAAAUUGUUGGGUUCUUUUUCUUUGCUCACUGUAGAAUAUAACAAAUACCUUUAGAAAUCACUUUUCUCCAUCUUCUUUUAAUUCUUUCCAUCUCAAAAACAUAUUUAACAGAUGAAUAAGCCGCAAAUACACGCAGCCCAAGAAGGGGAGGGCAAUACUAAGUCAGCAGUAGCUUCCAGCUCUGCAUGAUCUUCCCUGGCGGUGCUGUCGGUGAUUGCAGCCAUGUCAAACAGGGCUGGUCCAGGAUGCAAGAAGUCAGUGUAACUCCUCCAGUGGGCUCCGGUCCGAGCUGCAGCGCAGCAGCUGAGACCUGCAUUAGUUGUUCUUUUCUCCUACUAAGAAGACAUUCCUCUCAUCUGAAGAUUAGAAUUAUUAUUCUGGCUGUUCCUCUCAAUUUUCCAAACAAAUGCAGUCACUUGAAAGGGAAAAUGAAUCAUAUGGUAGCAUCCGCAUGUUUGCUUACUGAUGCCGUUCCCACGAGUUCUGCAGUACUCUAAUGUGCAGAUUCAUGCUCAGAGGAGCUGUGCAGCUGGCCUCUGUCAGCACACUGCAUGCAGCUCAAAGGACUCUUACUUUCAGGGAGGAGAAGAUGGAGCACAGUUGCCUCCUGUGCCUACACCUCUGUUGGUAUUAGCAGAGCUGUAGAACCAACCAUGGUGUCACCUUCCUGUUCGCCUCUUGCCAGGAAGGGAGCAAGAGCAGAUGUAUUAAAGGUGGGAUUUGUUGGGUUUUGUCAGCUUAUAUUAUAAUGCCUACCCUACACUAGCAAACCUCUGUACUGAGCCGUUCCUUAUAGGAAUGGAGCAAGGGAAAAUAAAUGUCACACUUUAUUUUAAUAAAAAGUGGAACCUUUGUUGCCGAA